UCCAUGCUAUCCGGCAGUCUUUCGUGGACCGGUAUUCGAGUUGGACGUUUUCUUCAAUGAACAGUCGCGUGGUUGAUACGGAUUCCAUUCAGUCAGACAGUUACAAUUGUUGAAGGGUGGCGCGGCCAACCACCCACUUGGGCUGAUACCCUUUGGUUUACCGGUGGUAUGGGAAGUUUGUCUGAUUGUGACGGGACCUAGACGAUACGUGUCGAAAAGACGUCGUUGGGGAGGUUCUUGUGGUAGGUUGUGUGGAAAUUAAAUAAAUAAUUCACUCUCGGUGUCUUGUGACUAAUUAAUUGUAGUGAUUCUCCUGGAAUUGGAUGAAGUGUGACACUGUACACACUGAUAGGCAAACACGCUCUCGUCAUUAUUUUAAGUUUGUGGAUUGUGGGGACUUUUUCAAUUAGGAAGCUGAAUUCAUGACGCUCGAACUUCGUGUAUCUGUAUAAACUUGUACAUGCGUGUAUCGAGAGCAUAGUUUCAACUGCUUUCGUUUUAUCGUGGUGUUAAAACUUAAAUUCGAAUCAUUAGUGUCAAGUACAGAUCUUCUUAUCUCGGACUUCCGCUGGCGUGGUGCAGAAUAUUUCUUAUAAGGCGCAGUGGAGAAUUUUUUUAUGAGGCGCUUGUGAGGAAUUGAGACGGCAGAAAAAUUCCCGCGUAGUGCAGACAAACAAAUUGAGAGAAUUUAAUUCUACUUAGACCCUGUGACUGAAAGAAAAGAAGUCUGCCACAGACACAAGCUGAAGCGGCAUAAUAUUUCAAGUUUAUGCUACUUUUAUCGUGCUUGCGGGUUGUAUCUCUGUGAAAGAAAACAACACAUAAGGAUAAAUAAGGGCAAAACUGGCCGCUUGGAAAAAAUAGAGCGUUGCCGUUGCUUAAAGUGAUUAUUGUGCGGAAGUGAAAUAGUGAAAAGCGGAAACACAAAAGCCUAUAGGCGGUAUUGUGCACCAUUCUUCCGACCGGUAGAAACGCAGUUAUUUUUCGUGGUGUAUAAAUGUUUUAGGGAUUUACUGAAUCCACAAUCGUCCGGGAAAAGACAACUGCCGGCAAAUUUCGGCUCUCGGUCGUUGCAUUUUUUUCGCAGUCUGUUGAUUCGAUCCCGCCCUACAGUGCAUUGUGGUAAUACUGCAGUGGAAGAUUUUCGUGUUACAGACAGAAAGACAGCAAGGAAAAUAUUAAUACAAUUAAGCUUAGCUGACGACGAAGGAGAUAAACAGUGUUAAAUAAACAUUGAAACUGUCCAUUCAGUGAUUUCUGCGGAAUACGUUUGGCUCAUUCGCAGCAAAUAAACGAAAUGCCGAAACUGUUUCAGUUUGUGACCGAUUACGGUCGCUGGUUGCCUGGUCGACCAGUGGCAACGUUUUCCAUUCUCGUCACCCUAGCGACACUGGCCAUCACGACGAACGCAAUGGGAUGUCCGUCGAAAUGCUCUUGCCAACAGCGUACGGUUCGAUGCAUUAAGCAGCAGCUCGAUAAGAUUCCAGAAAUGCCAGCCGACACUAACAUUGUAGAUCUACGCUUCAACCACAUUCGUGAAGUUCCAACGGAUGUGUUCAAUGGAUUGACUCAUCUGCACACGAUUUUCCUAAAUGAGAAUCAAAUUUCCCGCCUGCAACCUGGUGCAUUUCGUAGCUUGCCAUCGCUCAAGUAUUUAUACCUCAAUAAAAACAAGAUAGCGUUUGUUGCAUCCAAUGCUUUUGAGUCGCUAAACCGGCUUCAGAGCUUAUAUUUACAUUCGAACAAUAUCACCACUUUUGAAAGGCAAACCUUCUCCAACAUGCCGGCUCUAGAGCGACUAUUCCUGUUCGGCAACCACAUCCGGCAUAUUCCCGAGGGAUCCUUCGAGGCUCUACCGGCACUGAAACGUCUCCGAUUGGACGACAACCCACUGGAAUGCGACUGCUCGUUAUUGUGGUUCCUGAGGGUGCUGCGGAACUCGAGCAGCACACUGCUUGUUACUGCAGGCUGUGGAACGCCGGAAACGCUCGCUGGCAGACUGGUGGCCAAUCUAGCCGAGGACGAUUUUCAUUGCACCAAACCGGAGAUUGUGACCGAACCUCGAGAUAUCGAGAUAAUCGACGGCCAGACGGCAGUUUUCACAUGCAAAGCCGUUGGCGAUCCCCGACCGGAAAUUGUGUGGAUGUUAAACACGAACGAAAUUCACUCGGACGAUAACCGAAUCAAUGUGCUGCCAGACGGGUCACUGCGAAUCGACGAGGUCACGGCGACAGACGCUGGCCACUAUGAAUGUAUGGCGAAGAACGACAUGGGUCAUGUGCAGUCCCGGCCGGCCAGGAUGAUUGUCAACAACGAAGUCAUUGAAACGGAAUCUGAAGCACCGAAGUUCAUACAGACUCCACCGGCCGAGCUGGUACUAGCCGAAGGGCAACCGAUUAUGCUGCACUGUGUGGUGUCAGGAGCCCCGAUACCAAGCAUUAUGUGGAAAUUUAACAACCAGUACGUACAGAAUGGCCGCAUUAAAUUGUUCGGUAACGGGUCGCUGAUUUUGCCGGUAGCAACGCUGGACGAUGGCGGCGUGUAUAGCUGUUACGCCGGAAACGCCAUUGGGAACGUGUCCGUCAAUGCCACCGUACGUGUGAAUGCGCUUUCAUCGUUAACAUCGACUUUCUCGCCAGUGCAUGUAGCAUCGUUAGCAGCUACGUCGCAUGAUGCAAUUACAACUCCGCAGAGUGCAUCCUUUUCUGUGUCGCCAACCACCUCCGGAGAGGCUCCUCAAAAUCCAGCCGCUCCUCGGAUCACACUUGCUCCGGAGAAUGUAACAACUAAAACAGGCAGCCGUGUUACGUUGGAGUGCGAAGCGGACGGGAAUCCAUUGCCGCACAUCUGGUGGAAGCGCAAUGGUCAACCGCUUGUCGAAACUAACCGGAUCUACCUUAACGACGACGAUACCGAGCUUACCAUUGAACACAUCAAGGAGUCUGAUUCGGGAACCUACGUUUGUGUAGCGGAAAGUGAGCUAGGCAAAGUAGAAUCGGCAGCAGAAAUUGUCGUGAUAAACGACGUUGGACCACCGAAAUUUCUCUUCGAGCCGUACGAUUUGGAAGGUAUUGAAGGGACAACUAUUGAGCUGCCAUGUAAGGCCGAGGAUGACAAUAUUCAGCAGACCAAAUGGCGUAAGGAUGGCCGAACGCUAACCCAAACAGACAAGUAUCGCUUAUCGUUGGCAGGCAGUUUAUUUAUUUCCAAUCUCACCGAGACGGACGAAGGACGCUACGAGUGCUCCCUGCUAAAUCAGUAUGGGCGUGCCACAGCCAGUGGUUUGCUGACGGUUAAAAAAAAACAAGAGCUCCUUCCCGGGGAUCAAUUUGUUCGAAUCGCCAUUGCUGAAGCAUCACGGGAAGUUGACCUCGCUAUAAAUCAAACGAUUAUUAAACUUUUUUCCGGAAACACUAGCCAAUCGCAACAUCAUGGUGAUCUAUUUCGGAUAGUCCGCUUCCCAACGGGACCGGCUCGUGAACUAGCUCGGGCAGCCGAAGUCUACGAACGCGCUCUCGUGAACAUCCGGAAGCAUGUGGACUCAGGAAUGAUGUUGACUACAAACAAAACGGACUUUGACUACAAGGACCUUCUUUCGCCGGAUUAUCUGGACCUGUUAGCUCAACUGUCUGGUUGUAUGGCUCAUCGAGUUACACCUAAUUGUACGGAUUUAUGCUUUCAUGCUAAAUUUCGCACAUUAGAUGGGUCAUGCAAUAACUACAAAAACCCAACAUGGGGAUCGUCACUCACCGGUUUCCGGAGACUGCUUCCACCUAUCUAUGAAAACGGUUUUAAUAUGCCCAUCGGUUGGAACAAAACUACUCUAUACAAUGGAUAUUCUAAGCCAAGCGCUCGAUUGGUGUCAACCAGUUUGAUAUCCACUAGUGAUAUUACACCGGAUGAUCGUAUUACUCACAUGGUGAUGCAAUGGGGACAAUUUUUGGAUCAUGAUUUGGACCACGCGAUUCCUUCAGUUAGUUCCGAAAGUUGGGAUGGGGUGGACUGUAAGAAAACUUGUGAAUAUGCCGCUCCGUGUUAUCCUAUUGAGAUACCGGAAAAUGAUCCGCGGGUGCAUAAUCGACGAUGUAUCGACUUCGUGCGAUCAAGUGCAGUUUGUGGCUCAGGAAUGACUUCCAUCUUCUUUGGUACUGUUCAACCACGAGAGCAGAUCAAUCAGCUGACCGCCUUCAUAGACGCUUCUCAGGUGUACGGUUAUUCCGAGAGUUUCGCGAGAGAUUUGAGAAACUUGACAACAAGCGAUGGACUGCUGAGGGAAGGACCCCGUUUUCCGAAUCAGAAGUCGAUGUUGCCUUUCUCGGCGCCAACCGAUGGAAUGGAUUGCAGAAGAAAUUUAGACGAGAGUAUGGUGAAUUGCUUUACCGCCGGAGACAUUCGGGUCAAUGAACAGUUAGGUCUGCUAUCUAUGCAUGUCGUGUGGUUCAGAGAGCACAACAGAUUGGCUGCCGAGUUGAAGCAAAUAAAUCCUCAUUGGGAUGGUGACAAGCUGUAUUUUGAAGCAAGAAAAAUAGUGGGAGCGAUGAUGCAAUACAUAACCUAUGAGCAGUGGCUUCCAGAAAUUAUUGGCAAACAAGGAAUGAACGCACUAGGAGCAUACACUGGCUACGAUUCUACUAUUAAUCCUUCAGUUUCUAAUGAGUUUGCAACAGCAGCACUUCGAUUCGGACACUCACUUAUCAAUCCGAUGCUUCAUCGGUUGAACGAAUCAUUCGAACCCAUUACUCAAGGCCACAUUCCAUUGCAUAAAGCAUUUUUUGCCCCGUGGAGAAUUGCUUACGAAGGUGGCGUCGAUCCACUUUUACGAGGCUUAUUUUCUGUACCAGCGAAAUUAAAGAAGCCCGAUCAAAAUUUAAACACCGACCUCACUGAAAAGCUGUUCGAAACUGCUCAUGCUGUAGCGCUAGAUCUUGCAGCAAUCAACAUUCAGCGAUCCCGGGAUCACGCAAUUCCGGGGUAUAAUGACUACCGAAAAUUUUGCGGAAUGAAGGUAGCUGACUCAUUUGAAGAUUUGGCACAAGAAAUUACAAACCAACCGAUUAGAAAUAAAAUGAAAGAGCUGUACGGUCAUCCCAGCAAUAUCGAUCUAUGGGUUGGAGGUAUUCUGGAAGAUCAGCUACCGGGCGCUAAGGUUGGUCCACUGUUCAUGUGCUUAUUAGUGGAGCAGUUCAAGAAGAUGCGAGACGGCGAUCGCUUUUGGUAUGAAAAUGAUCAAUUUAAACCUGAGCAAUUGGCACAAAUUCGUAAGACUACAUUGGGGCGCGUUCUGUGUGAUAAUGGAGACAACAUUACUCGCGUUACGGAAAAUGUCUUCAUACUACCCAAUAAGCAGGGUGGAUACAAAUUCUGUGACGAACUUCCACAGAUGGAUUUCGAACACUGGAUUGACUGUACUGAUUGUUCUCGGCACCAUAAACGCUACAACACGCCAUCGAGGCAGCGGAGAUCGGUGAGAUCAAUCCGCGAUAUUAAAUCUCAACUGGCGAGAAAAAUGGAGCCUGAAAAUCAUUUAGAGGAGGAAUCUUUCAUAGAUGACGACAUGAAUGAGGAGAGAAUCGAAGGAUUAGAAUCGCUUAUUGAAACGUUCCAGAGGUCCAUGAAGCAGAUGCGACGGAAAAUUCGGCGAUUAGAACAGCAAUAUUCGGCUGCGGUGGCGGCAGCAUCGUCGAACGGUAGUGUUAACCCGGCCAAAGGUAAGCCACACGGGCAUUGUGUUGACAACAAAGGAAUCAAGCGAUUGAAUAACGAGAUAUGGAUGCGGGACGAUUGCACAAAGUGCGAGUGUGAACACCAUCAGAUCAGCUGCGAAACGGAGAAAUGUGCUGAGCUAAUUUGCGAGAACGGGUUGGUGUUGCUGAAGGAAGACGGUAAGUGUUGCUCUACGUGUACGGUAGACGAGAGUGCACCAAUAACGGUGACAGCGAAGGACGACCAAUGAGCGAACAUUUUUGUUUCGGGAAUAUCAUCUCUGUUUGAAGGUGAUAAGCUAAAAAGUAAGGGAUUCGAUUUCGAAUUAGUAGUUGAUCGCGUUUCAUGAAUGUUUUAUUAGACUGUCUGGGGUUGCUGUUUAGAUCGAAUUAUGUAGACUAAAAUUUCUGUAUCAAACCACUACGCUGGAAACUGUCGAUAAUUUUAUAUGCCAAAUAUUAGUUCAUGAUAGGUCUAAAUAAUGUAAUAUCUAUUCAUGUCUUUUAAACGAGCGGUUUAGUAAAAAGUAUUAAAAGAUGUAAAAGUUAGGUGAAAGUGCCAAGACUUUAAUAAGCUACCAUAACAAUUCAAUGAGGCGGUCAGCAUACAAGGCAUCUGAGCAGUUUUGUUUAUAAAAAUUGCUAAGGAUUUCUAAGGAUUUUCGAAUUAUCUGUACCUACAUGGAUUUUUUUUUGGAAUAAUCACAGAGUGUUCGUAAUCAAAAUUAUACAAAUGCAGAAAAUGUGAAAAAUUAUUUCUUCUCAGUAUAGUUAUUGGAAUUUAAUGAAAAUUUGUAAGAGUAUAUCGAUUUUUGUUUUGAGUUACUAUUGCUCAUAUCUGUAGACUGUAUGCUCAGCAUUACAGUGUACAGCAAACAUGUCCUGUAUACGCUAAAUAUCAUUGGAAGCUCAGAGAACAAGUUUAUGAAUUGAGUAACCCAAAGUUAACGAAACAGGGAAUUGGCCAAUAUACUGAAAUAGCGUUUCGAUGAAGCAGUAUAUUUAGAAUGUCAGUGUCGCUGUAGCUCCUGUAGUUGUAGUUAAGUCUGUGUGUAAGAAUCUGGAGAAAAUAUUUCAAACUUUUGUUCUCUGCAUCCAAUUCACCUGAUUUUACAUCGUUAAGUUACUAAAUAAAUAUUGGAGAUAAUAAUAAUAAUAAUAAGUUUAUGAUAAAGUCGUUAUGAAAUUCUAAGUUAUCAAGUUUUUUUAAUUAAUUGUCGUGUGAAAUGUCUGUUAAGUUUUGUAUCAAGUAUUUGAAUAUCGAGAGUAGAGAUCGAUCUUUUGGUGAUAGAAUUAAAUGGAAACAUAACUUAUUCUCAAUAUUCAAUUCCGUUCUACUAAGACGCUCAGUAAGAAAUUUCUUUUAUCAAGCAUUUGUUUAUCAACAUUCAAACAAGCCCUAUUUCCAAUAGAAAAUUUUUCUCAAAGUCUAAUGCUUCCAUUUUGACUGAAACGCGUUUUAUGCAAAAAAAAAAAAUGUUUCAAAAUCAUUUACACUAUCAUUGUUUAUUUUAUCAAAAUUUAUCAAACUUUUCAAGCGCACUUCGUUAAUCUGAGUCGUAUAAUACACAUGUUUUAUUUGUUUGGUAAACGAAUUGAUUGUUAUUUUUUUAUUACGAAACAUUUUUUUUUCAUUUCUCACAAUUUUUAAAUUUUAAAGACGGCCUGUUUAAAAGUCAGCGAAAGUAAUUAGUCAAAACAUUUUUUGGUGAAAAUGCCAGUUUUACAGCGAAAGCCUAACAUGCCUAUUUAAGCAUCCACAGCCAUUUUCUUCUACCCAGUGUUUUCAGAUUUAUAACUAAAACAAUUCGUCAUACCAUCUGCAGACCACCACUCUCCAGUUAAGUAAAGAAAAACAUAGUUCUGCGUCAAAAUGUGGGUAUGGUUUAACGGAAAAUCAUUUCUAAUGUAAAAUUAAAAAAACUAAAGCAACAAAAAACUUAAAAUUAUGUGCAUUGAAAGAGGAAAUUGAAAGCUUAAAUGAAGUCUUAAAUUAUGAAAAUUAUUUUACUGCCAUUAAUGAUAGAUGAUUAUUUAAAGGUUCUUUCAAUCCAUCCUCUUAACAGUUUAAAAAGGUUUUUUACGGUUACAGGAGAUAUAUAGUUUAGCUGAAAUUCUACUGUUAAGCUCAUUUAACAGCUGUGGGUUGAACGUUUAUCAAAAAAUAGAGUUAGUAGUUUAGUAGUUGACACUUUCAAUCAACGAAUAAACAACCCUUGCUUUUCGCAACUAAACAGUUUGACAGCGUAUAUUAUUCGAGCCAUAGAUUUAAUACCGAUUUUCAGGAACUAUUGCUGCGAAAUGUGGCAUUGGCAUUCUAAAUCUUUUACUGAUCUUUAGUAGAUGGAACAAAACUAAUUGCCUUGAAUAUUUUCUAAUCAAAACAAACAAUUACUGAUACGUGAUUUUUCAGGACAAAACAGUAAAAUUUGAAACGGUUCAUUAAUUCUCAUGUCUACUUGAAGGUAGAAAAAAAAAGCAAACAAUACAGGAAUCAGAACGUUCCAAAAAGUUUAUCUCAUGACAACUGUUCAAUCAAAAAUCAAAUAACAAAAAUCUGCAACACGUUAUCCUUAAGAUAAGGCUCAAUAUACACAAUAGUACCAGUUAGGUAUACGUAAAAUAAUCAUAAGAUAGUUUCCGAAUUUUAUUCAGUUUGACAAGGUUGCGAUUACUAGCGUAGAAUCAAAUUCAAUAUUUAAAAUUCAAUGAAUCUUCAGCCAAAAGGUUUACGACAUCCUGUAGCAAGCAUUUCCUUCGUUACGUACAUCAUGCUACACCACAUCAAGCAACCCCAGGGUCAUUUAAACUUGCUGGAGUUUCUGAACAAAGUUUCUUCCAUUAAAUAAAGUAGAAUGAAAAUCUCUUAUAUGACAUAGAGGAAAAUUAAAUUGCGUUCUUUUUUGACAUUCAGGCAUGUCUCUCGAAUCGUGUGUGUCAUUGUUCGAAUGUCAGGUAUAUACACUAGUAAGACAAGUAGUUCGAUAGGAAGAAAUAAUUGAAUAGUGGAAUAAUGGCGAGUAUUUACUCACAUUCAGACAAAAAAUCUGGCGAUUUUCAUAUGAAUUAAGCAAAAAAAUCGAUUUGUAUUCUACUUAUAAUAUAAUAAUAUUUACUAUUUAUUAUGGAAAAAAGAAACAUUCUAAUGACUUUCGUUACCUUUCCGUCUGAGUGUACUAAAUUGUAAAUUGUAAAUUGCACGUCGUUUUCCACUUAACACGGAGAAUUGAGCUGUGAAUCAGCAAUAAAUCUCAACAAAAUUAACGAAAAACGAAUACCGAACCCAAUAAUAAAUAACAAUUUACUCUUUUUUCGAAUUA